GGGCUCCCGGACCCGAAAUCCCCGCCGCACUUAAGUACUACAAUCCCAGGGGCCAGGCCACCGGCAUGUUCGCUUCCAUCUGCCGGCGGCGGCUCCUCCGCCUCUGCCAAAUCCCCUUCGGCACCGGCGCAAUCCCUAGCGACGCCCUCCCCCACUGCCACUCCUUAGCAACCAUCGCGGACGCUCCCGUCUCCGAGCCCUGUGCUGCCCUUGUCUCUUGCGGGCUCUCCCCCGCCGCCGCGGUCGCCCACAGGCUCCCAAUCCGCUCCACCGCCAAGGCCGACGCCGUCCGCGCGCUCCUCCGCAGCUACGGCUUCACCGACGCGGAGGUCGCCGACCUAGUCCGCCGAUUAUCGCAGAUCCUCAGCGUCGACCCCGACCGGAUCCGCCCCAAGCUUGACCUCUUCGCCUCCCUCGGCGUCAAGCCGCGGCGGCUCGCCAGAUAUCCUGCCCUCCUCACGCGCAGCCUCGACAAGCACCUCGUCCCCUGCAUCCAGUUCCUCCGCAACAUUCUCAGCACCGAUGAGGACGUCUGCCUCGCCAUCUCGCGCACCCCGCGCGCCCUCUCGGCUGGCCUGGAGAAGAUCAUGCGGCCCGCCUUGGACACCCUCCGCCGUCUUGGGCUCCCCGACGAGUCUAUCUCGAAGUUAGUAGUCAUCGAGAUGGGCGUGCUCAUGAUGUCGCCCGACCGCAUAUGCCAGAUCUUCGAGGCCCUCAAGGAGCUCGGCUUGGGCGUAACGGAGAAGCGCUUUCCUUACGGCAUCCGCGCCUUGUGCUGCAUUAGUAGGGAGAAGUGGCUGCAUAGGGUGGCCCUUUACCGGAGCUUCGGGGUGUCCGAGGGUGAGCUGCAGAGAGCGUUCAAGAAACAGCCGAAUAUAGUUAACUUCUCUGAUGAGAUCAUAAAGAAGAAGAUCCGGUUCUUCCUGGAUGUGCUGAAGGUUGAACUAAGCGAAGUAAUGGAGCAACCUGCGAUUAUAGGGUAUAGCUUGGAGAGGAACAUCAUACCAAGGUGUGCCGUGCUAAGCUUGUUGAUGAGGGAGGGAAAGAUUGGGCCCAACGUCAAGUUGAUUUCGGCAUUGCUUGGUAGUGCCAACAUGUUCUCCACAAGGUAUGUAUUGAGGUAUGCCAAUGAGUUGCCAGAUGUUGUUAAGGCAUACGAGGGUAAGAUCACAUUUGAUGGCUUCAGGGAACAGGAUCUUUUAGUUCCACUGAAGCUGUGAGACAAGUUUAGCAAGAUUAUGUCACAAGUUUAGGCGCCAUGCUUUCCAAUGCCAUUGAGAUCAUAGCAUGCUAUGAUUCUAACACUGUAUUAUUGUUAUGUUAAUUCUGGACAUUUUUCACAUAACCAUCUUUGUAGCAUUUCCCUUUUUUUAUCCUCGCUAACAAAUGUAAAAAUACGGAUCUUGUGAUGCUGUCUUAGUUAUUUGAUCUGGUGAGCU